UGGUCUCUUGAGAGGUGUCGUUGGUGGGGAGGCUGGGCUGCUGGUGAAGAUUCAAAUACCCUCAUCAAAUAUGCCAUUGAUGCUCUUCAAGAUAAUGAAGUUGAUUACAGCGAUGCAUUGGCCCCAGUCAAGACUGAUUAUCGAGGAUCUCUUGGUGGUGCUGCUUCUGACUCCCAGGCAAUGACUGUGGGUGAAGGUGAUGCUCAGUUCCAAUGGGUCAAUCAACAGAUAUCGACCCUCAUUUCGGACUUGAGGACAAGCAAUCAGUCUUUGAUGGAGCAGCUUGGUCAGGUUGUGGCAGCUGGAGCACAUUGUGAGUGA